AUGUCCAAAGCAGCUCCCGCCAAAAAACCAGCAGCCGCGGCCCCGCCUCCGGGAUGUACCCUGGAUAUCAACGACCCCCAGGUCCAGAGAGCAGCCAUUCGCAUCCAGGCCUCUUACCGGGGCCACAGGUCCCGGAAGGAGCUUCGCGAGAAGGGGCCACCACGAGUGCUGGAGCCACUGAAGGACGUGGUGCUGAUCGAGGGCAGCGCGGCCAAGCUGACUUGCCGCAUUUCGGCUUUCCCGGACCCAUUCAUCCGCUGGAGCAAGGACGGCAAGGAGCUGCGUGACGGGCCCAAGUAUCGUUACGUUUUCGAGGACCCUGACGUGGUCGCCCUGGUGGUGCGCGACGGCGAGCUGGCAGACCUGGGCCAGUACAGCAUCAACGUAACCAACCCCUUCGGCCAGUGCUCCGACUCGGCGCGCAUCCUGGUGGAAGUCCCUGCGAAGAUUCAAAAGGGACCGGAUAACACUAAGGCGCGCAAAGGCGCCACGGUGACGCUGACUGCGGAGAUCAUGGGCGAGCCUGCACCCGACGUGGGCUGGACCAAGGACGGGGAGGACAUCGAGGAGGAUGACAGGGGUUUCUUCGAGAUCGGCAGUACCACCACGACGCUGACCAUCCGCCGGGCCACGCCCGAGGACAGCGGCAAGUACGAGGUGUACGUGGAGAACAGCUGUGGCAUGGACCAGAGCUUCGCACGAGUGGACGUGGCCUGAAAGGAACUCUCGUACCUUUCGCCCUGGCUCCAAGCCCCCGGGGUGGGUGGGACCGACAACCCUCCUCCAUCUGCUUAAUAAA